AUGUCAAACGCUGGUGUGCUCUACGCCGAAUUCACCGAUGAUGCCACGGUUGAUAUUCCUUUUGAAUGUCGAUCUGGCCGUCGUUGCAAAUUGACUUUGCGCACUGAUACUGCCAAAGGUCUCAUAGUCAUGCCAGGCCAACCCCGAUUCACAGUCGAGACACCAGGUCCUUCAGCAGCACGUCCUCUGCUGCCGCCACCUGCCACUCCAAACCUGGAAGCUGAACGAGAGGCAAUCCGACGCCAGAACAUUGAGGGGAGGCUCGGUGACAAGUCUCUUGGAGGUCAAAUUGCCCCCAUCGGCGCUGGUUUGAUGGCCCCUCCAGCAAUAAUUCCGCAAAGACAGAGUAGUGGCUCAUCAGUCCCACAAAUUUCUGUGCCUAAUCAGUUGGCGGUUGGUCAACUGGCUGUGGCUGCUCCAAAUUCUGCUGCGGCUGCUGCACAGUUCAACAGUCAGGGAUAUUCCUCUGCGCAUGCUAGCUAUGGGUCUCAAUAUUCUCUGUGGGGAAAUAUGGCUUAUUCUGGUCUAUCUCGGGAGUUUCUCACAUUAAAUAUUGGUGUUCGCCACAAAUUUCCUGGGAAACCAAACGGUGUGGUCUUUGGGACUAUCAACGAGGGCAAAAACAUCAGUGCUCGAGCAACAGCAAGUGAGAUCAUCCAACUUGUGCUCGAAGUUGGUGGCGGAAAGCUUGCUGCCCAAAUUGCAGAGGAGACCGCUUCUCAGUUUGUGUUCAACACCAAUACUUUUGUUGUGCGCCAAUUGGAAGGCUGGAUCAACAUUCAUGAAGAGCCGCCGCACCAACCACUCCUGUAUCACCGUUACCUCAAGCUAGGCACAGGCAAAAAACAGAAUACCCUGGACUUUCAUCGUCCUGCCAGGGCGCUUGUUUUUGUCCUUGUCAUUCCUUACAAGGAAUGGCAGCGCUUCCUCAAUUUCCAGGAGGAGCAAAUCGAACAGAGCGAGUCCAAAGGUAGUUCAAUUAAUCUACAGGCUGAAUUUACUGAAGCCACAGAGCCUCUGGUCACUGAGCCUGCACAGUCCAAAUCACGUAUGCAGACUCGUUUGCAAAGGAAAUCAAACUCAAGGACGACUCAGACAGCGCCUCGGUCAUCCAUUCGAACUCGAUCCAUGCAAGGAUCUGUCUCUGAUCAAACUCGGGAUGUCCAGUAUGAGCUCCACAAUGCAGAGAUCAUCUCCCAAAACACCAAUGACAACUCUAUUUCUGCUGAUACUCCUUCAAAAAAGCGCUCUGCCGAAUCUGACAUCGAGGAAUUUCAGCCCUUGGACAGGCAGAGAUUGCGAAAUGCUCUGAAUGCUGGCGGUGCCUCUGUUACCGUCUCCAAGAGUGCUUCCAUUCACACAUCUGAAACAAUUGAGUUCUUCCGGAUUCGCCCCAGCGGUCUCCAGGAUUUGCUCAGGGAAAAUCGAGCAUUCAAGAUUGAGAUGUCCGCAGCCGAGGGUGGUACUUUGGCUCUAAAGCCAUCAGCAUCUCCUCUCGGUGUUGGAACAUUCAAAUCUGCUCAUUCUGCCUACCUGACACUCACCCGACUUUCGGAUACCCCAUUGGGUGCCUCCCCUGGUCAGCAUGUUGCGCUUAAACGCAUGUUCAGGACCAGAGAGACGUUGAAGCGAUUUGACCCUGUGAACGAGUAUGAACACACCAUUUCCGAGGCUAAUUUGCUCUUCUGGGGCACAGCCAUCCUUCGUUUCACCAUGGGUUGGAUUCACAAUUUCAUUGGCAAGUACGGGGCGCCGCCCGACGACCUUCCCAUAUUCAACAUUCGAUUUGUAGAAGCUGGAAUUGCCAUGGUUCAUGAAGCUGCGGCAGCUGGGAGCUCUAGCAAGACAAUGAGUUCUCUUCGACGGACCUACCUUCUAGAAGAGCUCAUUGGAACAGGCAAAUUUGUCAAAUACAUCAAUAACAAUAGUGCAACUCCGGUUGCAUCUUCCUGUGCUUCACUCAACAUGUUCAAUAUGAGCAAACGGAUGGUCUUGUUUUUCUCUCUGACCUGCAAGAUUAUGACAUCCCCUUCCCUUGAUGGUGGCCUCUUUGGUGGAGGAAACUACGGAAAAUUCUUUGAGCAGUUCCCUGAGCAGCAUGUCUGCUCUAGAUACUGGCACCAGAGAAAGCAAAUCACGGUGCAGAGUAACUAG